UUUGAAGCUCAAUCAUUUUGAACUCUUCGCCCUGACCUGACCAUGUGCCACCAUCAUCGUCUGCAUGUUCUGCUGCUGCUGCUGUCGCUCUUCAGCUUUGCUUUGCUCAGCGUGAAUAGCCUGCCCUGGGGUGGACCCUCAUCGAAUAGUCGUGGCUCCAGCGGCGGACCCGCCUGGAAUGGCGGCCAUGAGGACGAUCCCCGCAACAUCGUCCUCCAUGCGAAUGGCAACGGCAAAGCCCACUAUGGCAAGGGAAACACUUACUGAUCUCAACGUGGGCGGCGGAGGCCUGACCAAUAAUCCAAUUAAGAUUCAUUUCGUCCCGCAAGACAAUGAAUAAUUCAUUCCGAUUCUUAUUAUAUAUGAAUUUGUAAUUAAGACAAUGACAAAUUCCAUGUAUGCUCAAAAGAAAUAUAAUUGGCCUCCCAAAUGA